UUUUCGGUGAAUGAAUUUCUGGGGUGUUUCUCGAAAUUUGUUUUCCUGUUGUUCUAAGAAAGCUUUUCGAGUGAUUUCAGGUUCCUUUUCCUCAAGUCCAAGUUUUUCACAAAUCAGAGAGUUUUGCGUGUCACAGCAUCCACGUGGUACAAACAACAAAAUGGCGGACGGUAGUGGUCUUGUCGAGGAGUAUUCAAAACGGGCUAAAAUAGCCGUAAGUUUCUAAAUUCCUUUAAAAGUUUAUUCAGAACUGCCUAAGCUGUAAGGGUGAUUUUCUGAUUUCUUGUAGGAGGAUGAAAUUGUGAGUUUAAAAAGAAAGAUUAAAUUAUUGCAAGAUCAAAUUGCUUCUGAUGCAGAACAGGAAGCCGGAGAAAGCGAAAGUUCCUUUAACCCAGAUUUGGACAAGCUGCUCACCGAGAACAGCAAGCUUAAAUACCAAGUGGAGACCCUCAAACGUGUAAGAUGAUGUAGUUUUCUGUAUGGGGUAGCAGAGAUGCCAACCUCUGAAGACCUAAAAUUGGGACACUGUCUUUUUUUUCAUCCCCCCCGGAAUUUCAACAGACCCCCCCGAAGAAUUGACCCAGCCUCCAAUGGGAAUGACUUAGGACAUUAUAUGAAGUCUUACAUGAUAUACAUACUAUCAAAAUUCGACAUUAUUGUUUUGAUGCUAGAAAUAAUCUUUGUCAAUGACUGAAUAAGUGCAAAAAUACCCCCAGAAACCGUAUGCGAGUAAGAAAAAUUCAAGUUUUGAGCUAAAUAUGGGCUAAAUCUCAAACUAAGUCUGUUUUAUUUUUUACUAAGUAUUCAAUAUUUACAGUGGACGUAAAAAGUGGGACAUUUAUGUACCAAAGUGGGAGAGCGGGAGACGAGGCAAAAAAGUGUAAGUCUCCCGCCAAAAGCGGGAGAGUUGGCAUCAUUCGGGUAGGGGCUUGUAAUGGGAUGAGGGGAGGUGCUGAGGGACGCAUUUCCACACCUCAUGCACCCUGCCCCUUCCACCUCUUACCUCAUUCUGUCGUUGAAGUGAGAACUAUCAUAUGGUGUUCUUUUUAGUACUGAGUUUACAUUAGAUCAUGCCCUUUCUCAUAACCUGUUACGUCGGUACUGGCAAGAAAAUUCUCAGGAAAGGAGCAUAUAACCCUGCGGGAGAUAGACUCGUAGUCGACCUGGAGGAAGAGGGGAAGGCAGGUGCCACAGAACUUGCAUGUUUCGGCUUUGGCUCUUUCAGGUGUGCCUGAGGCUUAUAUCUCUGAGUUACAACAAAGAGGAAUCUUACUUUUCUUUUCACAAAUUUUCAGAGCAUCAAAGAGGAGAAAGCAAAUGCCCAAAGUGUCAUGACCAACUGUCAAUUCACACUGAAUGAGCUAUUCAGGAAGGCAAUUACAGCAACAUUUCCUGAUUUGCCAGAUGCUCCAGUGGUUGUACAACCAUCUCAGGGUGAUAGGUUUGGAGACUACCAGUGCAACAGUGCUAUGGUUAUUAACCAGGUGCAUCAAGUCUGAUUAUAUCAGUGUGUUACAGUUGAUAAAAAUGCUUUUCAAGUUCUCUAAUACUAUACGGCAUGGACUUUCUUCAUAUUUCUUUGGAAUUGCCUUUUUUUCUUAAUCAUGAUGUUUUAAGGUUAACAAGAGAAGUCUUUGUUAUUAUUCAUUCAAAACUUGUCUCUUUCAGACUGGGUUAAAUCCCUUGCCAGUUUUCCAUAACUAUAAUCUUGGACGGAAUAAAAUGGAACAGCUAAGCCUCAACCCCGCUGAAAUCAAGCCAUGCAAAGGCCAAGUUUGGCCAUUUCCCGCCGGUGUCACGUACUAACAUUUUUAAGAAAAGUCUUUGUCAUUGUUCAUUCAAAACUUGUCUCUUUCAGACUGGGUUAAAUUCCCUCCCAGUUUUUCAUAACUAUAAUCUUGGACGGAAUAAAAUAGGACAGCUAAGCCCAUCCCCGCUGAAAUCAAGAUGAAGCCAUGCAAAAGCCAAGUUAGGCCAUUUCCUGUCGGUGUCAAGUACUAACAUUUUUAGUUUCUUUGCUGUUAUCAGAUACUGAAAGGAAAGGGAGUCAAGAGUAAUCCUCGCCAAAUUGCUACAUCAAUUCUAGCCAAUGUGCCACAGAAUGAUUUGGUGCAAAAGGUUGGUCAGCAUAGUGUAUUAAUAACAUUAGUUGCCAAUUCCAUUGUUUGAGGUGAAGGCAAGUAUUUUGAUCCCGUGAUGUUUUGCAAGGAAAAAUAAUUCAUGCAGCCAAAACUGAAUGAAUACAAUCACAGCUUUCUGCUGGCAGAAACCUUCCUUGAGCCGACACCUAUGCCUGUACCCAAUAUUGUUCUUUCCCCAGGUUAGACUUCUCUUUGGAAUGAGGCUUUUUAACCUUUCCACUCUAAGAGUGAAUGAUGAUGGCUUGUAUAGUGGCUCUUACUUUUGAGUCUGUAGACAAAAUCCUUCAGUGUGACAUUCAAAUGCAACCUCUUUGCCAAUACUUUCACACAGUACUAUUUUUUUAGUAGGAAUUUCUCACUUUUGAGAAGGCUGAUGAAUUAAUUCUGCAGUGUGACCAUUCAAGUGAAACCUCUCCAGUAGCACUUUCACAUCGUACUUUUUUUUCGGUUUUUUGCAAAAUAAAGUCUGAAAUUAUGUCUAAAUUUGACUUAAUACAUUUCCGGGGGUAAAAUGGUUAAGUAACUAAUAUGAUUGGCCUAUUUCUGUUUGUCUAGGUUGAAGUUUCUGGGGCUGGAUUUAUCAAUAUUAAUCUUAGCCACAACUAUGUGUCGUCAAUGCUUAAAGACAUCCUAACUAAUGGAGUCCAGCCUCCUGCUGUCCCCAUGAAAAGAAGAUGUGUUGUUGACUUUUCUUCACCUAACAUUGCUAAGGAAAUGCAUGUGGGUCAUCUUAGGUCCACCAUUAUCGGGGAGAGCCUUUGCCGGCUUCUAGAAUUUGUUGGUCAUGAUGUUUUGCGGUGAGAUUCAAGCUGUGUUGUCUUAAAACUACAUAAAACUUUGAAGAAUGUUAAUUGUUAUGUAUUUUACUGUAUUUAAAUUUAUUACAUGUCCUCAAUGGUUUCCCCUAUGCUAGAUUCUGACUUUGACAUGUUUAGUUAUUCACUCAUUCAUGUUUUGUGCAGGUGAUUAUAAUUAUGUCAAAAUAAUGUUGUAUAUGUUACAGGUCAAAUUUGAUUUCACAAGGCUCUGAGCUCUAGGAAAAAUUCAAGGAAGUCCAAUGCUCCAAACCUAUGAAAUCUAGGGUGCCCAGCAUAUGAUUUCUUUGAGAAAACUGAGAUUUCCAAGUCACCCAUGAGCAAAUGUAAAGUGCCAGGGGCCAGCGGGAUCUGCUAGAGCACAGCCCUGUUUCAGAUAAAAUUUUUUAACCUACCAGUAGGUUGCUUUGAUUCUCAAUUUGUCUUCUAGGGCUAGGAGACAAAAGAAAUUGAGAAUCAACCUAGGUUAAGAAAUUUUAACCUGUAAUCGAAUUUGACCUGUUAGAUACUAACAUAAAAUUAUACCCUUGCAAAAUUCUUAUUUUAUUUAUUUUUCUUUACAUAAAUUUUGAUAACAUCUGCUUUCUCAGAAGUGGAGAUUGUGAUAAGCAUUGAUUUAAUUUGAUAUUUCCUUUCAGUAUUAACCACAUUGGAGACUGGGGAACUCAGUUUGGCAUGCUCAUUGCUCAUCUGCAGGAUAAAUUUCCAAACUAUCUACAAGUUUCACCACCAAUAGCUGACUUGCAAGCUUUUUAUAAGGUACAAAUUCCUUCUAUGAGCUGCUGCUAGUUGAACUCUUUUAAAUGAUGUCUUUGGACAUGAAAAUUAAAGCAUACGCUGAUUCUCUCUUUGUGACACCUCUGAGAGAUGGACACCCCCCUAAAAUGGACACCUAGAGUUGAUCCCCACCACUCUUUAGUAUUUUUCUUCAACUCUCUAUAAGGCAGGCACCUCCCUGAAAUGGACACCUAGAGUUGGUCCGUACCAUUCUUUAGUAUUUUUAUUGGAUUCUCUAUAAGGCUGACACCCCCCUAAAAUGGACACCUAGAGUUGGUUCCCACCACUCUUUAGUAUUUUUCUUUGACUCUCUAUAAGGCAGGCACCUCCCUGAUGGACACGCAGAGUUGGACUGUACCAUGCUUUAGUAUUUUUAUUUGAAUCUCUAUGAGGCAGACACCUCCCUAAAAUGGACACCUAGAGUUGGUCCCCACCACUCUUUAUUAUUUUUCUUCGACUCUCUAUUUGGCAGGCACCUCCCUGAAAUGGACGCCUAGAGUUGGUCCUUACCAUUCUUUAGUAUUAAUUUUUUAUUUGAAUCUCUAUAAGGCCGACACCCCCCUAAAAUGGACAGCUAGAGUUGGUUCCCACCACUCUUUAGUAUUUUUCUUCAACUCUCUAUAAGGCAGGCACCUCCCUAAAAUGGACACCUAGAGUUGGUCUGUACUAUGCUUUAGUAUUUUUAUGUGAAUCUCUGUAAGGCCGACAACUGCCUAAAAUGGACACCUUGAGUUGGUCCCUUCCAUUCUUUAGCAUAUUUCUUUGACUCUCUAUAAGGUGGACACCUCCCUGAAAUGGACAUCUAGAGUUUGACCCUGCCUUUCUUCAGUCAGGUCCUUUGACUCUCUGUAGGCCUUUUCCAAAACAGACAACUAGAGUUGGCCCUUGCCUGCGUGCAGACGUCUCCUAUUUCCUUUGUUGCACGCGGAAAAGGGACGUCUGCGUAACGCCGUCGCUAAUCGUGUUCCAGCAUCCUGCUGGGUUCCCAAGAUCUUGGGAACACGCUGUGAUAGGCCGACACACAGUGCGCAUUGUUUGACUUAACGCCGAUUGGUUGUUAUCGAAUGUGGUCUGAUAAUGUAUGCGGUGAUUCAAAUGAUUUAUGUAAGCGGGGUUUUCUAACCAAAACAAAUCAAAACAUGUGCGAUUGUGUGCUGUGUUUUUCGUCGAUCGAAAAGCAGAGUGAUCGAAAUCUUGUGCGGGGACGCGGAAAAUUUAACGUGUACGAGGAAAUUAUUUCUUUACAAUUUACUGUGCAUGACACAUCACAUCAUAUUUGUAAACAGUGUCUGAGAAAACUACAAAAGCGGCAUGGACUUCGCACCAGGCAGGCAUUUCGGAGAAAGCAGCCAAAGAAACUAAAAUCUUUACUUAGCCGUAACAAACAGAGGUCAAGAAAAUUUAAACACGUUACUACUGCAUCUGAAAUCAAAUCCUAUCGGGAACACCCACAGAAGCAUAAACCACAGGAAAUGAUUACUCAGUAUGCAUGUAACAAACCUGCUUCAUGACCUCUAAAUGGAAGACUUAGCGCGGCAAAAAUGAGACUUACUCAGUCAAAGGUUGGAAUGCUACAUGCACUGUGUAGUGCUAGUAAUCUUCGCGCGAGAGAGAAAAGAAGAAAAACCUCUGUUCGAGCAGACUCUCAAGGUCACGUUUCGCCCGUCUCAUGAGCUUAUGAUGUUUUGUUUGGCCUGUCAACUCUUAUUUCUAACCGGAUAUUAUUUCACAAUUUAUGCGAAAUAGAAUACCCUGCCAGCGGGACGCUGGAACACGAUUAGCGACGGCGUUACGCAGACGUCCCUUUUCCGCGUGCAACAAAGGAAAUAGGAGACGUCUGCACGCAGGCAAAGUUGGCCCCUGCCGUUCUUCAUUCAUUUUCUUAGACCUUCUUUAAAGUAGAUGUAAAGACCGCCCUAAAAUGGACAUCUACAGUUGGCCCCUGCUAUUAUCGUACCCAGAAUAAGGCCCCUGCUGUUCUUCAGCCAUUUAAUUUGACUCUCUAUAAGGUAGACAUCUCCUUUAAACAGAUAGCUAGAAUUGGUCCCUGCUGUCUUUAGUUCUAGUGCCUGCUUUGAGGAGGGUUGGGUGUAUCUAGUGCUUGACAGAUGUUAGUUCUUCGAAUAGGAAUCCAAAAAGCGAUUUGAUGAAGACGAGGCUUUUAAAAAAGUCGCAUAUGAAAAAGUAGUGGAGUUACAGGGAGGAAAUUCUGAUGUCAGGAAAGCUUGGAAUCUUAUCUGUGAUGUCUCUCGAAAAGGUAUUCCACUUACAGUCUUCCUUGUGAUAAAAAUUGAAGGUGACUAAUUUAAUUAAUAAAGCAAUUUCAAAUCGUUAUACAUUUCUGGGAAACUGCCCACCUACCCCUCCCCUAAGUUAACGUUAACACUUGCUUCUCACUUAAGGCGAAAUGUUGGCUUAGGGGAGGGGAAGGUGGGCAGUUUCCCAGAAACGUAUAAUCAGGGGUUUCAAUAAGCACCGACGGCCGACAAAAGGCCUUGGUUACUUUGCUCAUAGAGGUCAGCUACUUUUUUCUAGAAAGAAGAAGCAACUAGUUUGAAUAAUGUUGUAAACAAAAAAAUAUCAUAAAAUCUGAACGAAAACGUAAUUAUCAUGUGUUUUCAUAACGGCCCACUAGUUUUACCUUAUGCUUUAGUCAUGUGAAUGCUAUAUUUCAGUCGUUUUUUCACAAGUUUCUUUAUAGGUUUACGCAGAAUUUGUUUACGUGCAAAAGUACAUAAUUUAGUAUUAAUCAUGUGUUCAUUGCUUGUAGGAAUUGAUUGGGUGACUGAUGAAUUGAAAGCUACAUUUUCUUCAAUGAAAAACACGCUCUUUUGUCCUCAAAUUUAGUCCCCAGAACACUGAAAAUUUCAAAAUUUUCUGGGGCAUAGUGCGUCCAGUCCCCCUCCCCCCCUAAAAAAAAGGGACGAACGGUCCCUUGUUGAUACAGUUGUUUACUCCAUUCAAACUUGUAGGCUACUUCAAUUUUAUUGAAACCCCAGUAUAAUGAUCCGCAAUUUCUUUGAAAUGAUAAAUACUUCCCCUCACCUGAAGUGACAUCUGAAAGGAAACAGAUGUCAACUAAUUGAUUUAAUUAAUUAUGACAUUAGUUAUGACAUUAGUUAUGAUAUUAAUUAGUUAUUAAUUUAGUUAAUUUUUUUAUUGUUUUCUCAGAGUUUGACAUAAUUUAUAAUCGGCUGGAUGUGACUCUGAUAGAACGAGGGGAAUCAUUCUAUCAGCCCAUGAUGCCUGGUAUUGUUGCAGAACUGGAGAGAAAAGGUCAGUCAUGCUCCACAACAAAACAUACUUGGAAAAAAGGUAGAUUUUCUGGGCAAGUAACAGUUAAGACCGAUACACACGAGGGGUUUUGCUCCGAGGGAGCGUUUUCAAGUUCGCUCAAUUUGCCCCGGGAGCUUGCUCCCAAAUAUUUAACCAGUUAAAUAUCGUGGAGCAUUUGGUUGGGUGGAAAUUCUGUCCCCGAGGAUGAAGUAUACCCAUGUAAUCGUUGGUAGACACGGAGGAGCUGUGCUCCUGGAACGUGCCCCUGCAGCACACUCCAAAACAAGGACAAAAAGACGUAAUUAAUCAGCUUUUAAAAAUGGCACACAUGUUGGUGGACACUUAAGUGUUAUCUGUUGAAGUGAGUGAGGUAAAAAUACCCUAAAACAAGGAUAGUUUGGAAAACUGGAAAAGGUCAUGGAAAAAGUCAUGGAAUUUGAAGGGCUCAAAAGAGUACGAACCCUGUAUUUAUAAGCGUGUUAUGUUUGUCAAUCGCGUUUUUCUGCUAGAACAAUUUAACCGAUUUCUAUGAUUUUUGGCAUCCUUAAUGAAGAAUAAUGGAACUUUAAGAAAAUGUUGUUUAUUUUCUUGUAGGUAUAAAAUGUUUUUGAGAUAUCGGCACAUAUUUAAAACCCCAUUUUUACUGAAAAUGUAAAUAACUUCGAAAUCCCACGAUAGAUUUUUUCCCCUAAUUUCGGCAGAUGGACCUCAGAACUCUCUAAUUUUACAUCUGCAAGUUUUGUUCCUGAUCAUAUAUAGCUUCAUUAAUAGGCCACUUCCAAGUUCCAAAAACCCUCACUUUCAAAAUGAGGUUAGGUGCACAACCUUUCUUGUGAAAAUGAGUUUUAUUUGAAUGAGAAUGAAAAAUCAUUUCCAUAUCAAAGGCUUAGCACCUACCCUCGUUUUGAAACAGAGGCCUGGGGGAACUCAGAAAUGGCCUAUUCGGCCAACUGACUGAUUCAUUGGCUGAUGUACAUCAAGUCUCUAGGGUGUGUACGAAAUUUAUCGUUCUUCUUUCAGGUAAAGUUAUAGAAGAGGAAGGUCGUAAAGUUAUGUUUGUCAAGGGGAUGAAGGUGCCGCUUACUGUCGUCAAGUCCGAUGGUGGUUUUACUUAUGACACAUCAGAUCUUGCGGCUAUAAAGCAGAGACUUGAGCAAGAAAACGGGGAGUGGCUUGUUUAUGUCACGGAUGCCGGACAGGUUAGGCAAUGUUUUUUUGAAAGUUGAAAAAUAACAAGGUGAAAGUAAGAAAGUGGACAAUUAUAACAACAAACGGGCAAAUCAUAAGGCAAGAAAUCGUACGCGUUUGAAUGCAAACGCAUACAACUGGUGCAGAGCGCCGGAAAAACUUGCAGCGUGCGUGGAAAUGAGCGCGGGAAAACGUGCAUAACAAGCUAAGAGGCGUGAUUCAGUUAUGGAUUGGAAUUUUGCUUUUCAGCAACUGCUAGGCGUUUAGGCUCGGCAGAUGACGACCAAGCAAGACAAGUUUUGUUUUACUUGCACGUACAGAAGAUAAUGUGAUGUGCCAAAUUUAUCGCCAGGACAAGUUAGCUUUUCUGAGGACAACGACAACUGUACUUGAUGUAUCUCAUCCUUACACAUUUCAUAUAAAUGUUCUCUCUCUUACAGAGUGAUCACUUUAAACUCAUCUUUGGAGGUGCAAGAGAAGCCGAGUGGUACGAUCCCAAGGUGACGCGUGUUGAUCAUGUUGGAUUUGGAGUGGUUCUUGGAGAAGACAAGUGAGUUGACAUAGCUGUUGACAUCGUGUUGUAAAUGACACAAAUGGCUGUUGUUUAAAGAGGACUGGUAAAACUGGUGUUCUAUAAGAAAACAUGGUAAAUUGUCAUUUGUUUACCCACGAAAGGUGUCCUUGCGUUUGGAAGCGUUGGUUUUUGAGGAUAGGGAAAAAGCGGAUUAUCCGCAGAAACACUUUUCGGCGCAAGGGAGAGAACCAACAACAAACUCAACCCGCACACGUCAAAUUAUCGUGGUAGUUAUUAUCAUUGCCACCUUCUGAUCAUCAUCAUUAUCAUCAUCGUCGUCGUCGUCGUCGUCGUCGUCGUCGUCGUCUUCGUUAUCAUCGUCAGCCUCACCAUCAUGUGAUCGUCAGACACUUCAAUUGCACAAGGCAUCUAAAAGACUUCCCCCCACCUUCCCGUGAACAAAGGCUCCAACUCGAGGCUUGGUUUGACAAAAUACAAUGACUUGUAUGAAAUUGUCCCGUCAGACCGUGACUUCGUUUCAUUUUUUGUGCCUGUCAUCAUCAUCAUUUCUCUCUGCGCCAGAAACCGCAUUUAGGUCAUAUAGGGUGAGCUUCCUGCAGCAGAAUUCGUGAAAGAUUUAUCAAUGUAAAAUGUUCCUUCAGAAAGCCGUGUGAUUAAACCUAAACAAGGUCAAAGACUUGUUUGACUGACAAUUAACAAAGCCAACUUAUUUCACUACUUUUAUUUUAAAGAUAAUCUUUUUUAUUCACAGAAAGAAAUUUAAGACUAGAUCAGGUGAUACCAUUCGCCUUGUUGAUCUUCUUGAUGAGGGACUCAAGAGGGCUCUAGACAAGUUGAAGGAAAAACAGCGAGACCAGGUUUUUUUUUUUAAUUUCCAUUGUUUAGACUGUAGGAGUUACAAUCAUCGAGCAACUGCAUUGUUUGUGAAGCCAGGUGUACGUUUGUGAAGACUACAAUUAACUAGACAUCUCAACUUGUUUUGUCUACUUACAAAAGUAAUUUUUCCUGCUUAAAACAAAUUAAAACUAAUUAAGAUGUUGCGUACGUAAAGUAAAUAUUCGUCCGAAAAGUAUCGGUUACAUCGAGAAACGCACCCUUAUGAAGAGAAACGACACAAAAGGCAGGGCGAAACGUUAUGAGACUUGGGGCGAAAUAGCCUGCGCGCAAACGUCUCCUAUCUCCUUUGCUGCACGCGAAAAAGGGAUGGAAUAAGUAGGGCUAGGGGUAUGGACGAAAUCACAAGAAGCGAAAGAUUACCGAUUUUGUUUAUUGAGUUAAACUGAGUUUACAUGUUUACAUGUAUUCUGACUUUCUCACAAACAUUUUUUUCAGGUGCUGAGUGCUGAGGAAUUAAGGGCAGCUCAGGAGUCUGUGGCUUAUGGCUGCAUUAAGUACGCGGAUCUGUCUCACAACAGAGUUAAUGACUAUGUGUUUUCUUUUGAUAAGGUAAGAUCAAGGUGGAAGAAAAAAAACAAUUGAUAUGGAUACAGUCGAACCUCCAAGUGCGACUACCUCCCAUAAGCGACCACCUAUUACUCCCCUAUUCAAAACAUCAAAAUUUUCCCAGUCAAAGGGUUGUAGUUGGAACCUGUGGAAAACGACCACGUCUUGUAAGCGACCGAGACUAACUUUCGGGCUGACGGUUUAAUAAUUUUUUCAUUGUUUUUUAUCUCUUGUAUGUGACCACUUGACGCAUUGUCCGAUCUCUAUGUUCGCUGUAUGUACUAUGCUACUUAAAGAAGAAAAAGAAAUUUUAGUGACAACAUGGAACUACACAUAUUGCAAUACUGCAUGCUAAAAAUUAUCUUCUAUAUAGUAGAUGUGUCCGGACAUCUCGGAAGUAACUCCUUGUGGUUCGAUUCUUGUAAACGACCACCUCCCGUAAGCGACCACUUAGUCUUGGCAAUUUGGGUGGUCGCUUACAGGAGAUUCGACUGUAUUUGUUUUGAGAAUCGUAUCCCACCUUCCCUCCUUCGCUUUAAAUGAACAAGGUCUAAACUACCCUUAAACAGACUAUACUUCGUGGCCCUUUCUGUGUUUUGGCGUGCACGGAAUGUACUUGGCGCGAGAAAAAUAUAGCCAGUCCGUUGUAUUGUUUCUUAUGUUCCUUUAGCGUUUUUGUUGGGUAUUGCCUAGUGCGACUUGUUUCUUUGGUUGUUUAAAAUCUUUUAAAGGGUUCAAUUGAGGAAGUUAAAUCGAUAUAGUUUAGAAGAACUCCAUAGAUGCUCAAAAACAACACGGAAAACACCAGUAGGCGCGCCUUGUGCAUUUCUUUCAGGAACAGAUUAUGAUUGGUAUAUCUGUGUUUUGAGCAAAGUAAUUUUCAGCGCGUGUCACAUCCGGGAUUUAAUUUGCGAGAGCAAAAAAUGCCUUAAAGGUGAUGCCGUGACUUUUGCUUUAUCCUCUAUUUUGUUGCACGAACUGCAUGUGUAGUGUGUGCAAUGUACGUGAAAACCGUCCAAAUACAAAACUUUUUGCAAAAGUCGGGCUUAGAUGAAGUACCACCCAAAAAGGAAUUCAAUAACAUUAUGGUAUUUACUGCUUUGGUCAAUUCCUUAAACAUUCUGCUAUGACUUGUAUCAGUUGGUUAUAUUCUCACGUUUUGUUUAUUUGCUUGUUUUAUGCUUCAGAUGUUAGACGACAAAGGAAACACAGCAGUGUAUUUGCUGUAUGCCUACACUCGGAUCAGGUCUAUCAUGCGCACAGCCAACAUCGAUCGCGAGAGCCUGGAAUCGUGUUUAGGAACCACGGAAAUCUCUCUGGAGCACCCCAAAGAGUGGAAACUAGGAAAGUGCAUAAUACGCUUCCCAGAGAUCCUGUCGCGCGUGCUCGAUGAUUUGUUAAUGCACACACUUUGUGAGUUCAUGUACGAGAUGGCUACCACGCUGACAGAGUUCUAUGACAACUGCUACUGUGUAGAAAAGGAUCGUAAGACAGGCGAGGUGAUCAAAGUUGACAUGGGGCGAAUGCUAUUACUGGAGGCAACCGCCCGAGUCAUGGAGACUGCCUUUUAUAUACUUGGUAUCAAACCUGUGACAAAAAUGUAAAUUUGGAUGGAAUGACCUCGAUUUCAAAAAAGCGUGGUGUAUUUCGGUUUUUCCGUUGAUUUUGCCUAUUUUCGCUUGCGACGAGCUGUAUACUACAAAUAAAUGAAAGAAAGGCCUUUACGGAGCAAAAUAAUCGCUAAAUAGCAAAUACGGAUGUAUCUAGAGCAUAAAAAAUAUUGAGACCGGCAAACGUGGUAAAAGCAAUCCGCUGUUGGAUACAUCCCUUUUAAAUCUUUAUCAGUUUUGCUUGUCCAUACCGCCGAUAUUGAAGCAGUUAUUUUGAAAUCUCGGUCAAUUCUAAGACUGUUUGUCAAGUACUGAACUCAUUGCCUAAAAUGGUAUGACCUGUAGCCACUUUUAAGUCAGCUAUUCCAGUUAACUUAUUUCCUCAUUUUGAAUAGACUAGCACUGUUUAUAAUCUGAAAGGUUCUUUUUCAGCGGUUUCAACCGUUUGACCAUUUAAAUAAACGCUAUCGAUCUGGCUUAGUCUGGUUGUUACCGUACUGCGUGUGACCUCUUUCCGAGUCUAUUGUUGUAUUUUAGGCGUGUGGAUGUAAUGUGACCUGACAGUCUGUGCGUGGAUGAAACUCUGAAGAGAAGAAUUUGAAAUGGGGGGAGCGCUUAAAAUCCUUCAUUAAAAAUAAUCGUGCUAAUUUUCCUGAUGAAGCGAAAAUCGUUACCGUUUGUUAAAUUAUUUUUUUAGGGUUUGCAUGUAUUGAAAAGCACAGAAACUUCUAGUUCACGGAAUAGGCCGUUUUCACGAUGUCGUCAUUUUGAUACUACGACCAGAAUGCUUUUCGUUUUUCCUGUCAUAUUUAAAUUUGGAAAUCCCUGCGAGGUUUAAAUAAUAAAAGCCCUAAUUUGCACAAGAAAGUAAAACCCUGAAGGAUUCUAGUCCAAGGAGUGAAACGACGUCAUCGUGCAAAUGGCCGAUUAAAAUGCGAAAAAUCAUCCAUAGCACCGGAAAACCAAUACCCCAUUUACUUGUUUCAUAUGGCAACAGUUUUUCGAGCAAAAGAAUCGCCCAUGUAAAAAGGAUAAAUUUCUCAGAGACAAAAAAAAUAAAAGUUACGAC